AUGCAUUUUCUGUCUUUGUCGUCUUCAACGCCACCUUUUACUCUAUCUUCAUAUCCAUCCUCUCUUUCUCCGCCGCUCUCCAUUGUUGAUAUGUUACAAUUAACACAUUUUUUUCAAGCCUUAUCGUUGUCAAACUCGUCCAAGAACUUGAAAGCAAGCAGAAUAGGCAGCACUAAAUAUAGAACCGAAGAGCUUCCGAUUCUAUCUGAUUUCGAUAGCCACGAGGAAGCACUAGUCGUCAUGGAUGGUGACCGUGAUCCGAUGAAAUCUUCGGUAUCGCUCGAGCCAGCAGAAUCCAGGACGGGCAGCAACAGAGAUUUGAACCAAGAUCCAAGUUUUAGGCAAUCUAAUUUAGAGUUUUGGAGCGACAGGGGAGAGAGGAACAACGGCGGUAACGGUAGCUUCGAGUACAAGAAAGGGUGGCAAGCGGGGGAGGAAUCACCGACGUGGAAGAAAAUGAACGAUCAUCUCAUGAACAGAAGGAACAACAGCAACGAGAUUACAUCAGAGAUGGGGUUAGAGUUAGACGACCUUAAACGCGACCCGUCCUUAGCCCGAGACCCUAGAAACGUUUCUUUCGAAACCGGAGGCGUGAGUUUCAACACCCAAACGCAACAACAAGACGGAAUAGUAAAUGAUCAGACCAACGAUCAGUCCAGACGCGUAUCGAAUGCGUCGGCUCCUCUAUCCCUCAUCGGAAAAUCGGGUUUGCUAGGAAUGAAGAGUACCAAGUCGAGGCUUAUAGACAGGUCAGAGGAAGAGGUACAAUUGAUGUCCGGUUUGUUAGGAAAAUCCGGUCAGCUUAAGUCUGGUUACUCCGGUAUGCUCGGGAAAGGAUCGGAAUACGAAGAAGAAGAUGACCCUUUUGCAGAUGAUGUUUUGCCUGAUGAAUUCAGGAAAACCAAUCUUGAUGCAUUCACUUGGGUUCAAUUGGUGAGUCUUUUUGUUAUUGUUGCGGCUUUGCUAUGCAGCUUAUUCAUCCCUUCACUGAAAGUAAUUGACCUAUGGGAGCUUGCUCUAUGGAAAUGGUUAGUGUUCUUGCUGGUUUUGAUCUGUGGACGAUUGGUUUCGGGUUGGGGGAUCCGAAUCCUUGUCUUCUUCAUCGAGAUGAACUUCUUUUUAAGGAAAAGGAUGCUGUAUUUCGUAUAUGGUUUAAGAAAACCGGUCCAGAAUUGCUUAUGGUUAGCCCUAGUUCUUCUGGCAUGGCGUUUCUUGUUUGACAAGGAAGUGGAGAGGAAAAGCAUAUUGCUUCAAUUUGUUUCCAAAAUCCUUAUAUGCUUGUUGGUGAGCACGUGUUUGUGGUUACUCAAGACACUGCUAGUAAAAGUAAUGGCUUCAUCUUUUCAUGUCAGUACUUAUUUCGAUAGGAUUCAAGAUACAUUGUUCAACCAAUAUGUGAUCGCGACGCUCUCGGGUUCUCCGGUAAUCGAAGCCCGAAGGAUGGAAGAAGAAGAUGAAAGAACCGCAGCCGAGAUCAGAAAGUUGCAGAAUGCCGGUGCAACCGUGCCUUCGGAUCUUCGCGACGAUGCCUUCCCACAACAGAGUAGUGGGAUGUUGAAGAAAACAUUCACCAGGUUGAAAACACUUUCUCAACAAGGUUCGUCGAAGAAAGAGGAUGUCGGGAUCGCAUUAGAACAUGUACAUAAGCUCAAUCAAGAGAACAUCUCGGCUUGGAACAUGAAGAGGUUGAUGAAGAUGGUCCGACACGGGACACUGACGACAUUGGAUGAACAAGUUAUGGAGGAUGAUUCGGUGAAACAGAUCAGAAGUGAACAUGAAGCAACGGCGGCUGCCAAGAAGAUUUUCCACAAUGUGGCUCGCCGUGGGUCGAAAUUUAUCUACUUGGAGGAUUUGAUGAGGUUUAUGGGAGAAGACGAAGCUUUAAGAACAAUGGCUACCUUUGAAGACGCCUAUGAGCACGGGAGAAUAAGCAAAAAGUCCUUGAAGAAUUGGGUGUUGAAUGCCUACAGAGAACGAAAAGCCCUUGCCUUGACCCUAAACGACACAAAGACAGCAGUAAACAAGCUUCACAAGAUCAUAAACGUCAUUGUCGGGACCAUUAUACUCGUAAUAUGGCUUGUGGUUCUGGAAAUCGCUUCCUCAGAGCUUAUCGUACUCUUCAGUUCCCAGCUGGUCCUCGCAGCCUUCAUCUUCGGGAACACCUGCAGAACCAUCUUCGAAUCCAUAAUCUUCUUGUUCAUCAUUCACCCUUUCGACGUCGGCGAUCGGUGUGAGAUCAACGGAGUGCAGCUUGUGGUGGAAGAGAUGAACAUUUUGACUACUGUUUUCUUGAGAUACGACAACAUGAAGACGGUGUUUCCCAACAGUGUUCUUUCAACGACGCCUAUAGGCAACUUUUAUCGAAGUCCAGACAUGCUUGAUCUGAUUGAGUUCGUGGUCCACGUUGCUACUCCGGUCGAAAAGAUUGCUCUCGUAAAGCAAAGAAUAAUAAAUUAUAUUGUUAACCGGAAGGAUCAUUGGUGUUCUGAUCCAAUGAUCGUGGUAAAAGAUCUGGACAAAUUGAACCGGAUGAAAUUGGCACUUUGGGUGACUCAUAAAAUGAACUACCAAGACAUAGGGGAGAGGUUGGAAAGGAGAUCUCGACUGGCUGAAGAAAUGGUCAACAUCUUCAAAGAAUUCGACAUUCAAUACCGUUUGUUUCCCGUUGACAUCAACGUCUGCAACUUGCCUACCUCCUCUCGUUUCCCUUCCACAUGGACCACCGCCGAAACUUCCGAACACAAAAUCGAUUGA